AUGCUGGUAAAGUUUUGAGUUGUAAACACUUUACACCUAAAAGGAGUUUCAGGUGUUAAUAAGUUGCAUGCUAUUUUGUUUGGCUUUUAAGUAGUAAUUUGUGUACAGGAAAAGUAAUUAUGAAUUUGGCUUUUAAGUGGUAAAUGUACUAUAAACAUCAUGGUGGGCUGCACACAUCAUGAUUGUAUAUCAACAUGGCAUUCUAUUAUGUAUAAUGUCUUUUUAAGUAUAAAGACUUUACAUGUAAUCUGAAACAUGGCUUUUUGUCAAUUUUCAAAUUACAGCUGCAAGGAAUAAUGUGUUUACAGCCUGUAAAACCUUUAUAAGCAAAUAUAGAUAUCCAAACAGCUCCUACAAUCAGAAUACCUAUAAUCUCAUUACAACUAAAGGAUUUUUACUAGCAAUGAAACGGCCUCUUAAAAAUUGCAAGUGGAGAUAAGGAUUAGUGUUUUGAUUUUGAUUGUAGGAAUCUUGAAAUCGAUCUCAUUAAAGAAGACGCACAGCUAGAUUUUGUUGGAAAUCUUUAAUUCUAUUAUCCUUCUCAGAGAAGAAACACAGAGGGCUCGAUCAUAAUCUAUCAAGGAAGAAGAAAAAGUUGCUAUUGCAGGAGUUGCUAUGGAAUUCCUCCGGGAGAUUGCCAGGAAUGCAUGGGUUCAAUACGACUACUCUAGAAGGCUUGAAGAGAGUCUUGAUGUUCUGAAAACCGAAAUGCAAGAGUUGAGCAGCCAGCAAACCGACAUAAUUAUUGCACUGAACACAGCGAAUGUAGUGCAUGGAAAGAAGACAAAGGCAGAGGUGAGUUUAUGGCUGGAAAAUGUGGAAAAGGUUAAAAGUACAGUGACUAAGAUAGAAGAGGUCUAUGGAGAACUAGGGAGAGAUUUCUCACUCCCACGUGUUGCAUUGGGAAAGCAUGUCGUAAAGAAGAUUGAAGAGGUGGUGAAGCUUAAGGAAAAAGGUCGAUUUUCAGAAGGGUUACUUGCUGAUCUAUUACCUGAAAGUGGAAGUAUACCCACAACGAAACUGGUGGGUAGAAUGACAGCGGGACGAAAUUUGGAACAGAUUUGGGAGUCGUUGAUGGAUGAAGAGGUCAGAACUAUAGGUGUGUAUGGCAUGGGGGGAGUGGGCAAAACGACCAUCAUGACCCACAUCUUUAAUAAAAUACAGAGCUCUGGAAUAUUGGGUACUGCCAUUUGGAUGACAGUGUCUAAUGAUUCUAGUAUUGAGAGACUGCAAAAAGGUAUUGCACGGGCAAUAAAUUUAGACCUUUCCGAUGAAGAGGAUGAAAUGAGAAGAAAAAUGAAAUUGUUUAAUGCUUUGAAACGUGAGAAGAAGUUUGUUAUCAUCUUAGAUGAUAUGUGGAAACUAUUUCCAUUGGAAAAGAUAGGUAUUCCUGAGGGAGAUGCAUACAAAGUAGUAGUGACUACUCGAUCCAAAAAUGUGUGCCGAGGCAUGAAGUGCCAAAAAAAGUUUGAAGUGGAGGUUCUUUCGAGAGAAGAAGCAUGGGAAUUGUUCAAGGAAAUGCUUGGGGCUGAUGUGGUCCUUUCUCCGGAAGUAGAACAGAUUGCGAAGCUUGUGACUGAAGAAUGUGGUGGUUUACCGCUUGGAAUAAUUACGGUAGCAAGUGCAAUGAGAGAAAAGGACGACGUUAGAGAAUGGAGAAAUGCAUUAGAGGAGUUGAAAUGCUCGACGAUGGAGAUUGAAGGCAUGGAUGAUCAGAUUCGAAUGCUGUUUUAA